AUACACCUUUACGAAGAUUGUGUUAGUUAGGUCAACUGUUAGGCAUGGGCUCGUCCUUGUCGAAUCUCAACUACGGGGAGACGAAUGAUUCCUCCAUGGGGCCUAGCCUCGGCGAUAUACCGGAAAGCUGCAUCGCCGCCGUGUUCAUGUACCUGACUCCCCCGGAGAUUUGCAACCUCGCCGGUCUUAACCGUUCGUUUCGCGGCGCGGCUUCGUCGGAUUUCGUCUGGGAGAAGAAGCUCCCGCCGAAUUACCAGGAUCUGCUGGAUUUGCUGCCGCCGGAGAGGGUUCUUGGUCUCUCGAAGAAGGAUAUAUUCGCUGUGCUCUCUCGUCCUAUCCCCUUCGACGAUGAUAACAAGGAGCUGUGGAUUGAUAGAGUUACGGGACGGGUUUGUAUGGCGAUUUCGGCGAGGGGAAUGGCUAUUACUGGGAUUGAAGACCGGAGAUAUUGGAAUUGGAUUCCGACCAAUGAGUCCAGGUUCCAUGUUGUAGCCUACUUACAGCAGAUUUGGUGGUUUGAAGUCGAUGGGACAGUGACAUUCCAUCUCCCACCGGGUAUCUACUCUCUAUCAUUCAGAAUCCAUCUAGGCGGAUUCGCAAAGAAGUCGGGGAGACGUGUGUGCAACUACGAACACACGCACGGCUGGGAUUUGAAGCCGGUAAGGUUUUCGCUUUCGACUUCUGAUGGUCAAGAGGCAUCAUGUGAGUAUUACUUGGAUGAUGUAGAGAGAGAAGAAUCAACCGGGCACCACAAGCGCGGUUUCUGGAUCGAUUAUAAGGUUGGGGAGUUCGUAGUGACUGGAUCAGAACCAUCUACUGAGAUCAAAUGGUCCAUGAAACAGAUUGACUGCACCCACUCGAAAGGCGGGCUAUGUGUUGAUUCAGUCUUCAUUAACCCAAUUGGUGAUUUGAAAGAUUACAGAACGAAAUCUUUUUGUGAAAUAGAUUGAAGAAAGAAGAUUCUUUUGAAGGUAAUUUUCAUUUUAUUGUUGUGCAUUUCAUGGAGUUGAGUUUUGUUUUUUUACUAAAUACUCGUUUUUGCUACAUAGUUUAGGCGAGAGUGCAUUUUCACAUGUUUAUAAGUUUGGAUGACUAUGAUGUAUCCAACCAAAGUUAAUCUACAAUACGUUCUGUGUA